GCAGGAGGUUGCAAUGACUUAACGGGUUGGAGGAAGCAACUAAUUCGGGUGGUGAAACAAAUUAAUAACCGCCCAUUAGGAAAUGGGGUAACACCCUUGAAUAGGAUGAUACGAGUAUGUGAUACCCCAAAGACUCAGCCUAUUAAAAUGUGGAAGUUCGCUGAGGAAGCUGAUAUUCCCGUAAGGGCCACGCCGGCUUCGGCUGGACUGGACCUACGAGCACUAACUGCCCAGACUUUGAUCCAACAGAAACCUACGGUGAUUAAGACCGGGUUAGGGUUGAUUUGUCCCCCUGGAACCUAUGGGCAUAUCCUCCCGCGGUCGGGACUGUCACUAAAGGGGAUUGAUGUGAUGGCAGGCGUAAUUGACGCAGACUACCAAGGGGAGUUGGGGGUGAUCCUGGUCAACAUCACCGCUGAACCUUACGUGAUACAGAAGGGGGACAGAAUAGCGCAAUUGGUCAUUAAGCCAUGUAACCUUACAACGGUGGAAGAGACGGGGGCUCCCGUUACGGUUACUGGGCGUGGGACGGGGGGAUUUGGGUCUACUGACACUAAGGGGGCCAAGGUAUGGGUGCGCCAGACGACCGGCCCCCCCAGGCCGGCCGAAAUCAUAGCACAGGGGAAGGACAGUCUGGUCACCAUUAUGUACCCCGGGGACCCGACCUGGGCAAACGUCCCGGCGGACCAGUGCUACUUACGUGAGACCUAAAUAAUGUUGUAAUUGCUAUGCACCCGCAGGCUGACCCUCCGCCUUGAACAUGGGGUGGUCAUGGGGAUUGCGACUCCUAUUGGCGAUGUUCGCGAUCGGAUGGCCACUCCAGGGCAUCGGUAUCACGGCCUGGACGCUGGUACCGGUCGCCCGCCAUGAGGUGCUGUGGGAGGCCAGUAGCCAGCGACGGGCGCAGGACGACUUUACAUGUGAACCCGGUCAGCAGUGCGUUGUUCUGACUCUCACCAGCGACUGUCAAUUGUACACGUGUGCACAGUGCUACAUGCGCCGGGAUGGGGAAAAAUAUGACAUAUCGUUCAUAC